AUGCGGGCUUUCGUGGUUGCGACUAGUGUCCCUAGAGACCAGCAAAACGGCGACUACGGAAACAACACCGGUCCUUGCACCACAGUUUUUCGCACAAGUACGGGCGGUGCAGACAGCGCCAGCGGAGGCUCUGGUGGCUCGGGCAUGGAGUGCCUCCAGCUGCGCUCGCCCCCUGGUCCCUUCCACUAUCUCAUCUCGGAGCAGGCUAAGUCUCUCGUCGCUUUACAGGAACUCCAGAAUGAAGUCGGAGCUUUGCUCGAGUUCCGCGAUCUCGUUAUCGAGACAUUUCCAAACUUACGCUCGAAGAUGGCGCCAUCGACACCGGCGAGUGGAACGCGCAGGGACUGGGAGCCCGGCGUGCGCGUGCGACGGAAGCUCGCCGGGGGCAGCGGGGACACGGCGAGGACUAAACCGCAACCGUCCGUUCAGGAUUCCGGCUUUAGCACCGAAACUUCCUGUGGCAAAGACGCUCACUCCUCGGCCUCCGCGUCCGCUUCCGCGUCUCGUUCUCGUCUUCUUGAAGACGAGCUAUGGGCGCUCCUCGACGUCAUACAGCGGAAGGGCGUUCGAUUACGAGAUGAAGCGGAAUUGUUGCGAGGGGAACUGGACGAGAGGCAUUCGGAAACGGCGGAGGAAUCUUUCGCCCGAGCCCUUUCGACUGGUUGUGGCGAUUGCACCGAUUUGGUGCGUUUGCGGAGUGAGCGAGACGCGCUACUCGCCCAUGCGGCGCAGUUGGAAGCCGCCUCGGCAGUCAGUCCGCCUCAAGCGCCCACCACACCGCUCGGAAGAUUGGACACUGCCCUGGAAACGCCGUCCCGACCGCCGCGCGUCCCCACUCCGGACUCGAAGAAGUUCGCUGCGAUUCUCCUCGAGAGUAAUCCCGUCGAACUUCAAAGACAACUGCUCAUCUCCACCGUUCAGAAUCAGGUGAUCAGCUCUCAGCUAAGGCGUGCGGCGGCACAGCGCUCCGUUCUAAUUGACAAGCUGGAACGAGCGAGGGACCAAAACGACGAUCUAAAAUUUAGGCUCGAAGAAAAGAGCAUAGAGCUCGAAGGGGCGAGGGCGCGCCUUCGCCAGUUAGAAGGCAAGAGCCGCGAGCACAGCAGCAUGAGGGAAAUGGAGCCCGUAGCGCUGCCGAGCGACGAGCCGAGGGUGGCCGAGACCCCCCGAGCGCGCCCGAGCCGCAUCCCGCGCCACACUGCGCACGCGCACAAGAGCGCGCCGCGCCCGCCGCCGCGCCCGCCCUCCGCGCACUCGGCGCGCUCCACGCAGUCGUCGCGCAGCGGCCGCAGCGGCAAGACGUCUGUACCGGUGCGCCGCUCGCCCUCGCACGAAAAGGUUCGCGCGCGAUCCUUCUGGAACGCCUGGUUCUUCAAGGACUCGACACGUGACAGUGCACAGUGA